AUGUGGCUCAAGCUCGCAACAGUUAGUACGAUGGUGGUUAUACAGGCUGUGACAGGGGAUGACUGCACGUUCACCGUAAGUGUCUUGGAUGUCCCCGGUGUGCGGUGUGUGUCAGCGGCGCCCUGUUCAGGAACAUACUAUGCAUCAGGUCUAUCUCAAGGUGUGGGUGCAUGCCCCACUGGCGCAAGCUGCGCGCUGCUGCCAUUAACGCCCAUUAUGACGUGUGCUGCUUCGGGACGGGCGGACCUUGUCUACGUGAAUGCGGACGGUACACUGACCAAGGACGGCAAAUCUGUGACUCUAUUAGGCGCGCCGUCAGCUACGGUAGAGCCUACGAUGACGCCUGCUACUACUAGUGUUACCAGUACAACGAACAGUGCUACGGAUACCAGCAGUACGACGAAAAGCGCUACGGACAGCAGCACCACAGACAACAGCUUUACAAAGAACAAGGAUAAGAGCACUACCAGCAACAGUCUUAAGGGCAGCAAUGUGAGUUCUGAAUCAGACUCUCCGACCAAGAACUCUGACGGCAACAAUGGCAACGAUGCAGACGCCAGUAUCAAGCCACUCAACAACAGUCCUAUCAACACGACGAGUGUUAACAAGGUCACGUCUAGCUCGAUAGAUCCUAACUCUGGAUCGGACGGCCCUACGAGAACUGUUGACAGCAGCUCUGACAAAAACGAUCAGACAUUUAAUCCGGGGACCAUUCUGAGCGACGGUCCCGUUACGUCCAAUUCAUCUAGACAAGGUGGACUUGGCCUCGGCGCCAUUAUCGCCAUCGUCGUGGGCUGUUUGGCGGUCGUAGCUAUAGCUGCCGGCGCGCGGCUGCUGAAGAAGGGCAAAGACGGCCAAUCGGCAACACCCGGGGCUACAGGCGGACUUGAGGCCUAUAAUAACGUUGGCGGCGGAGGUGGUGGCAUGACUCCCAAGGAGAACGUGCUACUGCUCUAA